AUUAAUAAAAGAAAAGUUUGAUUUUUAAAUCAAAAUUCCAUCUCUCUCUCUUUUCUUUUUUUCUUUUUUUUGUUACAUUAUUCUACAAAACCGAAAAAAAAAAGAAGAAGUUCGAUCAUAGUUCAAAGAUCCAAUGAAGCUCAGCUCAUUAAUAGCGGCUCGACCUGUCUCCUUCUUCAUCUUCCUGGCUUUCGUGGUGCUGUUGCCUCCUGCUUUGGUGAUCCCAUGUUGGCAUCGGACGACAAGACACAUUGAACGUGACGUGAAGUUGAACAACAGACGAUUACAGUCCAGACUUCAAUCCGAAAUUGAGAAUGUCGGAAAAUUGCUUAGUCCACUGAACUCAUCCACUUCGCGUCUGGCAAAACUUGUGAGUCUCAUCGUCAAUGGAAGUGAACUCUUCUCCAGUGAGAUUGAAAGCAAGGCAGCUCCCAUGUUGUUUCAAGCCUUUACAACAAUCCCUUUGGUGUCCCAAAUCUCAUACAUAGGAUUAAAUGGAGGCUUCUUUUCAUACUACACGGAAGGAAAUCAAGUUCUUGCACUUCACUCCAAUUCGAGCAACAUAGAAGGAAGAAUGGAGAAUGUUUGGUACAAGCAACCAGUGGAUCCUUUGAUAGGGAAGCUAUAUGGAGGACCUGUUGCAUUCCAGGUGCCGUUCAGUGUUGUGAACACCAGCUGGUUCCAAGCAUCUUUAAAUAGUAUGGACGUUUAUGCUUCAUUAGGAGACGGAUGGGGUGCCGGGGAUAAUGGUUCUCUUAUUCUACACAGCAUUGGGAUUCAUGGAAGAGCAGUCAUCUCUCUAGGGUUUCCUGUCAAGUCAUUGAUUGAUAUAAUGGAGGGUAUAGAACUUUAUGGAGGGAACUUGUACUUGGCCACCAAGGAUGGAGAAAUGCUGAUGGAGGGGAUUCCAAAUACUCACAUGACCUUUGCUAACAGUUCAAUUUCCUUUCAAGCAGAGAAUGCAAAUGAUCAUGGAAUAGCUCAAAUUGGAACUUCCCGGUGCAUACCGAGGAAUGCCACGGAAUGUACAGGUAUUUUGGCUAUAGGAGAAGCAAAAUUCAAGGUCUUUUGCUCACAGAUUGAAAUUUUGGGAGUGCAGUUGGUAUAUGCAUUGCUAAUGCCGUACGAAGGAUCAGUAAACCUUGUUAAGGAGAACAACAGACUAGCACUGAUUCUUUUGGCAAUAAUGGUGGCCGUGGUGAUGAUCUCUGUCCUCAGCUUUGUACUCCUAAUGGUCCGAGCAGGAAGAAGAGAGAUGCACCUAUGUGCCACGCUCAUCAAGCAAAUGGAAGCAACUCAGCAAGCCGAGAGAAAAAGUAUGAACAAGAGUCUUGCCUUUGCUAGCGCUAGCCAUGACAUCCGAACACCCCUAGCUGCCAUUACUGAAUUGAUAAGGAUAUCCAAAGAUGAAGUCCUUCCUGGGUCUGAUUUAGAAUCAAAUCUCAAAGAUAUGGAAUCAUGCACAAAGGAUUUAUUAGGAUUAUUGAAUUCCAUUCUAGAUAUGAGCAAGAUUGAAGCCGGGAAAAUGCAAUUGGAAGAAGAAGAAUUCAAUCUGGCUGAGUUGCUGGAACAAGUAGCCGAUUUUUUCCAUAUUAUGGGAAUGAAGAAAGGUGUGGACGUGGUAUUAGAUCCUCAUGAUGGGUCUAUCCUCAAAUUUUCACAUGUGAGAGGAGACAGAGGGAGAUUGAAGCAAGUCCUCUGCAAUUUAAUAAGCAAUGCUGUGAAAUUUACAUUUGAGGGGCACGUAACCAUACGAGCUUGGGUCCAGAAACUUAGCCUUCAAAGUGACAUUCUUGCUUCUAGUCAUAGUGGCCUCAACAAAUGCUUGACAACUAACAUGUUUUGCAAGAACAGGGAAACCUGUAAUGACAUGGCAGCCAUUGUCGCGGUGAGACAGAAUCCUAACUCCAUGGAAUUUGUUUUUGAGGUGGAUGAUACAGGGAAAGGAAUUCCGAAGGAGAAACGAAAGUCCGUCUUUGAAAAUUUUGUUCAGGCUAAAGAAACAGCCCUUAGAAAGGACCGAACAGAAACAACCAUUGGAAGGGACGAAGAAGAAACCGCCCUUUCUGGAACAGGACUGGGGCUUGGAAUUGUUCAAUCCCUGGUACGUCUAAUGGGUGGAGAGAUAGGAAUUGUUGAUAAACCAGUAGAUGAAAAAGGAACAUGCUUCAGGUUCAAUGUCUUCCUCACUGUAUCCGAUAUCGUCGGCACUGAUAAUACUAGAGGAGAAAAUGAGGGCAGAGAAGAUCAUACAGGUGCAGAUGUUGUGCAACGUUUAGGGCAAACUAUUUCGACCCUCAGUCCCUGUCCGAGCAUCCAAAAUCCUAGUCCCAGGCUGGGCAUUCUCAGUUCAAGUCCUAGGCUUGAAGGAUCUCAAGUUGUUCUCUUGAUUCAGAACAUUGGGCGUCGGGCAAGUUUGCAGAAAUACAUGGAGAGUUUGGGGAUAAAUAUGUUAGUUGUAGAAAGAUGGGAGCAACUUUCUUCUGUGCUCGAGAAAAUGAAAUCCAAACAGAUUACUUCUCCUCACAAUUCUACGAAAAAAUUGGAAGGGAGUUCGAGAAGUGACAUGUCCAGUGCAAGUUCUAAGGAUUUCCCUCUGAGCGCCAUGGAUGGAACAGAGCAAAAACUACAGUUGUCCAGAAAGAGAGGUUUUCCGUGGUUCAUACUACUUGUGAUUGAUGCAGGAGCAGGACCUGUUGCAAAACUCGAUGAGAUUGUAUCUAAAUUCCGACGAAGCCUCCAGAGUACUUGUAAGGUUGUUUGGUUGGAUAACUCAGUUCCACGGAAAAUCAAUUCCAAAGAGAAAAUCUCUGAGGCUGAUGAUGAUAUUCUGGUAAAGCCUUUCCAUGGAAGCCGAUUGUAUCAAGUAAUUAAACUCCUACCUGAAUUUGGAGGUAAUCUGAAGAGUAAAAGCAUCUACCAAGCUGAAAAGGUUCCUCAAGAUUGUGCCUCGUCUUCUACAAAACCAAGGUUGGAAAAUCAAAUUUCACAGGAACAUCCGCUCCAACAAAGGGAGAUACAAGAAGAGACUAGUCCGAGGAAUGGAAGAUUGGGAUCAUAUCCUCGUUCUAGAUAUCCAACAUCUAGGAGGAAUUUGAGAUCAUCUCCACCUCACUCUCAAUACCAGCCCAGGCAGAUUGAAAGACAAGAAAAAUGUGUUGAUUCAAGCAAGAAGCAACUUUGGACAGGGAAGAGAAUCUUGGUAGCCGAGGAUAACAAGACGCUCCGUAAGGUCACCAUGAAGAAACUUGAGCAAGAUGGUGCUAUCGUUGAGGUAUGUGAAAAUGGAGAGGAAGCUCUAAACCUGGUUCGCAAUGGUCUCAGAGAUCGAACAGAAAAUGCGGCUUCACAUGUUCUUCCUUUUGACUACAUACUAAUGGACUGCCAGAUGCCAUUGAUGGAUGGAUAUGAGGCAGCAAGACGAAUAAGGGAAGAGGAAAAGGUUUUUGGUGUUCACUUGCCAAUUUUUGCGCUAACUGGUCAUGCACCAGGGGAAGAAACAAGAAAGGCAAUUACAGCUGGAAUGGAUGAUUGUCUUGGAAAACCUCUGCAACAGGAAGCCCUGACCAAAGCAAUCAGAAAGAUCCAUGGAGAACUGGAUAUUGUUUAACUAUAUAUAGUUCCUAGCAUAUAUUGUAGUAGUUUUAUCUUCUUGGCCUUCUAUAGUAGUUAUGAGUCCCUGUGGAUGGCAUAUUUGGGAUGUAAAAACAUAAUUAGUAGCUAAAUACUAAACUUGUUGCCGCUAUCAUAGAAAAACAGCAGCUAUGUAAUCUGAUUUCUUUCAGGCAAUCUUUAGUUAAGAAACAAAAAAUGUGCAAGAUGCAGAACUUCUAUGUAUUAAGCUUAGAAAUCUAUUAUUAAUGAAUUUUCAUAAAUCCC